AUGGAAAGAGAAGAGCGCGGGUUCGGUUUUGUGACGAUUGAUCCUGAAGAAGAUGACAUCUACAUCCCAAAAGAAGCAACGCGUUAUGCGAUGGAUGGAGAUACAGUAGCUAUCGACAUCACGAAAACACCAGAUGCUGCUUUUGAUAGUGGAGCGGAAGAAAAAAUUGUCGAGAUACGCAAACGAGCAACUACACAAUUGGCGGGAGAAUUUGUUGCUUAA